GUCUGACUCUGUUUUUAAAAACAAGAUUCGAAAGUUGGAUAUAACUGUGUGCGGCAUCCUUGUUCACUAAUAUGGAGAACCCUGUGUUGGUUUCAUAGCCUGUGCUACGCCAUUCUUUUUCCCGAAACACUGUUGUAUAUAUCAUCAAUCAUUUUCAUCAAACAAAAUGGCCGUGAACAACUCCUCGUACAAGAUGAGCCACGGAUCCAGCAAGAUGAGCCAGCAUACUGGAGCAAGCUCCUCCUCCUCUACCCCCAUUCGAAUCGGUAUUUUAGGUGGCAGCUUCGACCCGAUUACGAAUGCGCACUUAACUCUGGCCGCGGAAGCGGUGCAAACUGGCGCUGUGGAUGAAGUGUGGCUGAUGCCAUGCGGCGAACGACCGGAUAAGCCUUCUCUGAAAACACCCGUAAGAGACCGAUACCUGAUGACACAACUGGCGGUCAGUGAGUUCUUUCAGCCAGAUUUUCCGGUGUAUGUGUGCGAGUUGGAACUGUUUCAGAAAGAAUAUGUCCCAACCUAUCUAGUGUGGAAAGGCCUGACAGGAUUGCUGGAGGAAGAGAUGACGAUGAGAAUCACAGUCGAGCAAUCUUCUUCUAGCACCAGUACUUUUAAUUCUACUUGUACAAAGCCAGGACGAGGACCUUCAACUUCUCUAUCUCUUGUACGAGCAGUGAACAAAAAAAUGUGGAAGGACAAAAUGUUAGAGAGCAGUGGGUGUGCGAGUGCGAGUGGGACGGACAAAAUAUACACUGACGGUAUGAUCAAGGAAAAUGGUUCUGUUUCUGAAGUAGAUGCGAAAGGCUUGAAAAAAGCACGAUUGGAGGACCAUGGCGGCCACACAGGCACAGGAGCUGCGCGUCCUCGUUCUCGUUCUUCUAGUAGUCCUAGUUCUAGUCUAGUUGAAGUUUCCAUGAUUAUCGGGACAGAUCUGGUUCCUACAAUCAAGAAAUGGCAAUACGCUACGCAGGCAUGGACUGAAGUGCCUUUUCUGCUCUAUUCCAGAGACGGGUACCAGAGUCUGGAAUCGAUCAGUGAAAUGCCGAAACGAGCGAAGAUACUGGCAGCAGAAGGACAUGCAGCAAGUAGGUUAACGCUGACGACGUCGAAUAUCUCUUCAUCAGAAGUGAGGAAAAGGAUACAGAUGGAGAGCGGGUGGAAGGAAAAGGUGCUGGAGACUACAGGAAGCACUUCUAGUAGAACGUUGCAUUCAAUUACAGGUUUGGUGCCCCGUUCAGUCGUUGACUACAUUCGUAGAGAAGGACUCUACACGGAUUGAGCUCGUGACAGACAUUUAGUUUUCAUGACAACUUUGAUUUUGGCUUUAUUCAGCCUACAUGUACUGUAGCUCUUGGUUCUUUCUCUUGAUAGCUCUGACCGAGGCUACGGAGCCGGCUACUCUGAACAGCUUUUGCUUUGUUGCUCGUGUGACAC